AGUGUGUUUGUGUGUCUGUUUGUGUGUGUGAGUGUGGGAGAAAGAAAGUGGCGUGUGGAUUUAUUUAUACGAAACCGUCUAAAUUAAACUAUUUUUGCACUAAAUAAUAUUUAAGGCAGCUUUUUUUCUAAAAGCACAGGAAAAAAACAAACGGCCCAGUCCUGAAGAGAUCAACACUGUCACCAUGGUUGCCACAAGCACACUGAAGACCAAAAGCAACGAGUGUAUUUCCGAACUGGUUGACAGAAGAUAUGACCACGUCUGCAUUGAGAAAGAGUUGGAUUUCUGGGAUCAUUGCGUGACCGAGCCCCAGAGGAACGCAGAUGUCACAGAGGACCGGUCCUGUCAACAGCUGGCCAAGAUGUUCGAAAACUGCCUGUCACGGGCCAAGAAGACGACGCUGCACUGCUCCUCUGUGCUGGUCCCAGAGAAGCUGACUCGGAGAAUAGCUCGGGAGGUCCUGCGGCUGGCGUCCUGCGAGCCCUGCGGCCUGCGUGGCUGCGUCCUCUACGUCCACCUGGAGCUCAACAAGGGCUGCAAGCAGCUGGAGCGCAUCGUGUACGACGCCACCGUGGUGCCCACAUUUGAGGUGACUCUUGUGUUUAAGCAGGAUGGCACCGCCUGGCCCAGCCUGCGGGACUUCUUCUUUAUGGGAACCUGCUUUGCCCCGGCUUUCAGGCACGUACUUAAACUGAGUCCAGGUUUCCGGCUUGUCAAGAAAAAACUGUACUCCUCCUCGGCUGGUACCGUGGUAGAGGAGUGCUGAACUAGGGAGGGGAUUGUGGGUAAACGCACUUCUGCCCAAAUGUAAAUGACACUCCAGUGGUGUCAUAUUUUCUACAGUGUUUUUGUACAAUACGGUUCAACUAAUAGCCAGUCAGCUUGGGAUGUAGUUAAAAGCUUAUGCCUAAAUAAGCCUUUGUGGUUCUAGUUUGGCUUCUCUGUUUCUAAAAGUCUAUUUUUUUUAAUCAGCAAAAUUGUAAUAUUCCAGAUGUUUGGGGGUUUUCUUUCUCUUCUAAAAAGACCAUUUGUAGCUCAAACGCCAUUUUAAAUUUGCCGAUGAAUGUAAAACCGUGUUCACAUCAACGUGUUUGAGAGGGACAUACUGUGGGUACACUUUUGUUAAAGACACUCGCCACUUUGUUGAUGCAUCUGCGUGUUUCCAGAUACAUUGAAUGUUCUGCAGCAGUAAACACACCCAGGCUUCAAUAGGAGACUGAAGUUCAGUCUUGGGGGGCCACAUGUAGCUCGCUGCGGAUGUUUUUAAGACUGUAUGUCUUGUGAAGAUGCUGCUGUCAUGGUGUGGGUCUCUCACACUGUGGGGGGGAAUGUCGAUGCCUUAAAAUGUCAUAGAAAUGUACAUUGUUCUCUCAGAUCACAGCUUUUUGUCUGUUUAGUGUAAGUGUUUUAUCGUAUUUUUAUUUUUAUACCCCUCCCCGAAAUGCACCUUUUGAAUGCAGAGUCUUUAUAUAUUAUUAAAAGGAUGGUUCACUCCAACGUAGACACCUCUUGUUUUUAUAAUGUCGAAACUUCAACAAAGAAACGACUCAAGGCCCAUCUAGUACUUACCUUUUAUGUUUUUCUUUUCGGUGAAUUCGUGACUGUUUUUCAAACCUAUAAAUGUUGAAGGCAACCAGGACUUGUUGUCUAUUAGACAAUAAAAGACUUAAACAUUA